GGCGAUUGAGCGACACACUUUCGGAGAGAGAGAGUGAGAGAGAGUAGCACCACUGCCUCCCCUCCACUCGAAUAGCCUACAUAUCUGUAGGCCUAUUUCCUAGUGCUCUCUGGACAGAAAACGCAUUACACCGCGGCAUUUUUUUUGGACAUAGAAUAACUAGGCUACUCAACAGAUACAUCCAAUAUCAAUUCACUUGAAGACGGGAUUAUUUCGGUCGCACAACCGCCGCGAAUAAACGGAAGAUGGCAGUGACUACCUGUACACGUUUUACGGACGAUUUCCAACUAUAUGAAGAACUCGGAAAGGGAGCGUUUUCAGUGGUGCGCCGCUGUGUCAAACUUUGCACCGGCCAGGAGUAUGCUGCCAAAAUCAUCAAUACCAAAAAGCUCUCAGCCAGAGAUCACCAGAAGCUGGAGAGGGAAGCCAGGAUCUGCAGAUUGCUCAAACACUCCAAUAUCGUUCGUCUCCAUGACAGUAUAUCAGAGGAGGGCUUCCACUACCUUUUGUUUGACCUGGUGACAGGUGGAGAGCUGUUUGAGGACAUCGUGGCCAGAGAGUACUACAGUGAAGCAGAUGCCAGUCACUGCAUCCAGCAGAUCCUGGAGGCUGUGCUACACUGUCACCAGUCGGGCGUGGUACACAGAGAUCUCAAGCCAGAGAACCUCCUGCUGGCCAGUAAGUGUAAGAAUGCUGCAGUGAAGCUGGCUGACUUUGGAUUGGCCAUCGAGGUGCAGGGAGACCAACAGGCGUGGUUCGGUUUUGCAGGUACCCCAGGCUACCUAUCUCCAGAGGUACUGAGGAAGGAGGCGUAUGGUAAACCUGUAGACAUCUGGGCCUGUGGUGUGAUCUUGUACAUCCUGCUAGUGGGGUAUCCUCCAUUUUGGGAUGAGGACCAACACAAACUCUAUCAGCAAAUUAAAGCAGGAGCUUAUGACUUUCCAUCUCCAGAGUGGGACUCGGUGACUCCAGAAGCCAAGAACCUGAUUAACCAGAUGUUGACCAUUAACCCUGCCAAGAGGAUCACUGCCCAGGAGGCCCUCAAACACCCAUGGGUCUCCCAACGCUCCACCGUGGCGUCAAUGAUGCACAGACAGGAGACAGUGGAGUGCCUGAAGAAGUUCAACGCCAGGAGGAAACUCAAGGGAGCAGUCCUGACAGCUAUGCUGGUGACAAGGAAUUUCUCCGGUAAAUUUGGUAGACAGUCUACAUCUCCUGCGUCAAUCACUACUGUUCCUGCAACUGCCGCUGGGAUAGUGGAGCAAGCCAAGAGUCUCCUCAACAAGAAGGCUGACGUCAAGCCUAACAGCACGAGAAACAGCACAGUCAUCAGCCCCAAAGGAGCCCCCUCUGCUGCACUGGAGCCUCAGACCACUGUUAUCCAUGUGGAUAGGAACAAGGAUUCAUCUGACAGCAACACCACUAUUGAGGAUGAGGAUGUGAAACUGCGAAAACAGGAGAUUAUCAAGAUCACUGAGCAGCUGAUUGAAGCUAUCAACAAUGGAGACUUUGAGGCCUACGCGAAGAUCUGUGACCCAUGUUUGACGUCAUUUGAGCCAGAGGCCCUGGGGAACCUAGUGGAGGGCAUGGACUUCCACCGGUUCUACUUCGACAACCUCCUGUCUAAGAACAGUAAGCCCAUCCACACCACCAUCCUCAACCCUCACGUCCACCUGAUUGGUGAAGAGGCCGCCUGCAUCGCCUACAUACGCCUCACGCAAUUCGUCGACGGCACCGGCCGCCCAUGCUCCAGCCAAUCAGAGGAGACGAGGGUGUGGCAUCGCCGGGAGAGCAAGUGGCAGAACGUUCACUUCCACUGCUCAGGAGCACCGGCCGCACCGCUGCAGCAGUGAACUGGAGGAGUGAGAGUCUUAGAGAGGAAAGAGAGAUGGAGAGUGAGAGAGGAGAGGAGGAUGGAGACCCCACCCCCCACCCCCCAGCAAGUGCACGCUGCUACUGCAACUUAACAACGCACAGCCUCAACCCCUCCUGGACACACACACACACACACAAGCUGCAGCAACAACUAUCACUGCAACCAUAUCAUCCAAUACAAAUGCCAACAGACACAAACCUUCAGUCCAGUACUCUAGCUCUCCCUCUCUUCCUCUGCUGUAGCCCCACCCCUGGCGCAGAUACAUCUACAGUUUAAAUCAAGUUUAUUACUGUAUUAUUAUUUAUAUUAUUACUAUUACUACUACUAUUGUUGUUGUUGUUAUUAUUAUUAUUGAUGCAAGUAAGUUGUUGUUAUAUUGUGUACAAUAUCUUUAAUGGUCCAGUUGAUCCUCUUUAAAGGGGUUUGUUCCUCUUGUUGAAGAGGAGCAUGACUUCUCCAGUGUUAUUUCCCAGUGAGUGUUUGUUGAGUUGUGCUCCUCCAGUAAAGUCGAAGCAAAAUGCCGUUGAGUUACAAAUUGCGGGGAUGAAUUUUGAUUUCUGCUUAUUUUCGCUAUGCAAGUAUGCCGAACUAAUCCGUUGCAUACUUGCGCAAAACUGAAGUUAGGCUUAAGGCUGCUUCCUGCCUGGCGUAUCAACUGACUACACAUUGCACAAACCAACAGGAUUAGUGCAGUUGUGUGUUUUUGCUACAGUUUUGCUUGUCUUUUAUUCCGAAAUAUGGAAACAGGCUAUCCUCUGAUGAUGAAUUGUAUGCACCACCAACCCUCCCCUCCCCCACCCCACCCUCUGAUGAUGAAUUGUAUGCACCAUCACCCCUCCCC